AUGGACGAGCCCCUCGACCUUUCCGCGUACACCCAGGACGUCCUGGACGCCGGCCUGGCAGCGCUCGCCUCUCACUCCGAUCCCAUGUACGGCUCGUCGGAGGCCCACUACGGCCAGCAUCAGCCUGGAGAGGGCUCGAGCACCAUGCCCUACUUGGCAUCCGACCACGAAUACCACAACGCCGCGCCCAUGUCCCAACACUUUCCGGUACGGAACGAGCACGAAGACGCCAUCGUCGCCAACCGCAACGCGCUCCGCUACUUUACAACCGUCGACCAGGGCACCAACAGCGUCGAAAUGUACAUGUAUGUGCAUCCGACCUGCUUCAAGACCACGUCGAAGCACGCCUCAAAGGCGACUCCUGCCGAACGCGACCUGGUCCUGUUCAAGCUGCGGCGCGAUCUGACCCACUACCCGAUGCGCUACGGGCACGAGUCGGAGCUAGCGCGGAUUCAGUGGAUCGACUCCGAGGAUACACUCCUCGAGCGCGUCGAUGGCACCAAGACGACCUCGCUCCGCUACGUGAUGCGAGUCGAUUACAAGAGACGCAACGCUCCGCGCGGGCCCCUGACGCGGUACCUCAUCAACGAGUAUACGAUCAUGUUCCGUAAGCCUCAGACGGCGUCGCAGCGCCACUUCUACGUCCUGGCCAUACCUUCGAGCGAAAGGAAGGCCGUCAUCGAGGUCGGAGUCGUCUACGUGCCCGAGUGGGCCGGACGCACUGGCGAUGGGUACGUUAGCAUCAAGCAGAUUGCUCAUCCGCCGGAGUGA